GGAGAUCUGUCAGUUGCGCCGACUGCAGUCGUGUUGUUUGGGUUGUUUGUUGAUAGUCGUAUCUUGAACGAAGCAAUAUUUUCAGUUUUUAUUGGAAUAAUUUGUAAUUUAGUGAAUAUAUUUCACUAAAACCUGGCAAAUGGACAUUUUACGUCCAAAGACGGUUCCCCUUUCGGAAGAAACCAUUUUAUGGUUUGAAUUUCUUCUGAAACCAAACCUGCUAACGAAGCACUUGACCAAGCCUUCGCCUGAUCCAUCGCCCACUGACCUCAUAACGCAGUUCCUUUCCAUCGCUCCGGAAAACCAGAACCAAAAUGAGCUCAACUCCCCGGAGGCGGAUAGUAUGAACAAAAACGAGGGCCUAAAGUACAGCAAGAAGCAAUUGGCUCUCAAAAUUCUAGCCCUCAAAGUGGCCGCCUUCCUGAGGUGGGAUUUGGAUGUGCUGGAGAAGAACCUACCCCUACAGAAACAGGUACAGCUGUUGAGUGAUUUGUGCAGCGUUACGGCCGGGAAAGCGGUUAAUCUUCCGCUUUCGUUGGUGCACGAGUGUCCCAUAAUUGGUCCAGAAGGGUCCAAACAUUCGCUCAACUUUGCCCUCACUUUGUACCAUCGUUGGGUUUUGCGAGCACAAGUUAUCCGAGGAUCUGCCGCAAAAUCCAUGAAGCCAUUCAAUGUCGUCACAGGGGUACCGGAUACUUCCCCUUACUCGAUGCGGGAUGAUUCGUUUAUCAAUUCGUUGGAACCUUUCACAAACAUUAGCAUCGACUUUUUAAAUCAAGUGAUUGCGGAUCCAGAACCGUUCAGGAUUCUAACUUACGACUCGUUUGUGGCGCUGGAUGCCCACAUUGAAGGAGUUCAACAGCGCUUCGAUAUGGCGGUUGUUAUUUCUAAGGCAGAGCUCAAGGCCCAAAUACAUUACGACUUGUGCCUGUUGUAUUUGUAUGUGCAGAAAUAUGAACUGGCCAAGCAAAACAUACUUCUGAGCAAAGAGAACUUUGAACUAAUGAAGAUUGAAUACAGUAAGAAGCCCUCGCAAACGUUCCUCUACUGUAGUGUCGAUGAGGAGCAACUUCAAGGAUACAUGCUAGCAUGUGGAGUAACUGGAGAACCGAUUGGUUUGCUUCAGCGCUUGAAUGAAUCCGUGGUGCACCACUAUUCGGAUAUUGUUGCCAUCCUCAAAGAGGACAACAUUGUUCGAGAGAUUCCGAUGACGCAAAGGAAAAUCCUGGAACUAAAUGUGGAAGGCUUUGUCUCGAUGGGAAGUCCCGAGUCGCACACAAAUGACCAAAGGGAACUGGAACUUGCGGUGGUUGCUUUGAAUGCCAUUCGCCACGUCUUGGAUGGCGACGAUAUACUGGGUUCGAAUAUAGCUUUACAAAAGUACAAGCACCAACAGUUGAAGCUUUUGGAACUCAUGCUGCAAUACGGCGAUGAACAGUACGAAGAGUUCAGCCUAUCGGAUCGGGAAUUAUUGAAAAGGUAUUUCAUACAGACCAUCAGCUUGAUGAACAACGCCAACGGGAUAGAACCAGUGCUGAAAAUGUAUCAGAAGAUGGUUUCCUACCAAGAGUAUGAAGAUUUGAAGAAGCAAAAGAUGAAGGAAGACGUCCAAUUCACCGGAAUCGGAGUGCAGGCAGACUGGACGGUGUGUGAAUCUAAAAUGCUGCGGCUUGAUGUCGGUACUUAUGAGCGCCAGCUGAUAACUUGCACCCAUGCCAGCGGUGUGCGUAAAAUGUUGGUCAAACUAGCGGGAACUAAUCCAACAAAACCCCUAUGGAGCAUCAAUCCUAGCUGGUCUAUACCUCUGUCCAUGAAACAACUGUUGGUGUCUUUGCAGCGUGGUUUUCUACAAGACUUUGCCUAUAUUCUGGUUGGCAAAUCGCGCGAACUUGCCGCCAAGAAAGACUAUUCGGCGGCCAUUGCUUUGCUCACAUGUCUCAAAAGCGAAACCACUCGACCAGAGUUGACGAACAAUCCGUUGGUUUUGAAAUUGGGUAAAAUGGCUGCUUGGGAAGGUCUCCUGAUUCAAAUCCAGCAGGUGUUGGAAGAGUGGCCAAAGAAGCCAACCGAUCAGGUUCAAUUCAUCAGAAACUGCAAACAGUGUCUUAACGCGAGCACUAGCAACGAUGUGGCCCCACGUGCAAAAAUUCUUGAGCAUUGCGCUGCAAUUCUUUUGAAUUUGAACGAUUGGAAUAGCCUGCUGAAUCCGGAUAAACGUUAUCCAGCCUUGGAACUGAGUGCUGCCAUUGCUCAAGCCUAUUUGGACAUCGAAAAGUUCAAGGGCACAAAGAAAACCAAUCGCGAAGCAUGGGAUCUGAUACUGCAAAUGUUCAUCAACCAACAGGGAUCUCGGAGACAUCCGUCGGACAACAGUAUUAUGCUGCAGCAGUUUUUCUGCAAGUUGAGAGAUCCGGUGGUGAUUUCCAUUGUUCUAUCAUUGCUCGCCAAACUGCAUAACAUUUUGAAGGAUGAAACCAACUUAGACCUAAACGCGGAGUACAUGUUCCUGUGGCCGACGAAUGUGAACAAUCCGGCAAUCUACAAUCUCAAAGUUCUCGACGAAACCCUGAAUAAUCUUCUGCAACAGUCGCUCAAAUACUACCCAAGCAACAUUCCUUGGAUAAAAUUGAAGGGCGAUUUCGAGUUCGCAAACGGAAACUUCGAAGUGGCGAUGAGGUACUACGUCACAGCCCUGGUGUCCGGUUCAGAGUUCUGUACUAUUCAUCUGCAGCGUCCGCUGAUUGAUGACUUCAUUGUGCGAAGGAUGAUCAAGUGCAGCUCUAAUUUGGGCUGUUUCAUGCAGGCAGCCGUGCUGUGUCAGUUUUUGGAUGAAACGGACUAUGGAUUGGCAUUCAAGAGUGUUAGUGAGAAAACGGCUAGCUUUUCCGAUGCCAUGGACUCGUACUACAGUUGCAUUUGGGAUCCCACUUUGUUGGAGUUCAUCGUCAAUUGGCAUUUCAAAAAGGGCGAGCACAAGCGCAGACUUCAAGCGAUCACAUACCUGGGACAGCUGGAACUCAAUGCCAAUAACAACGAGGAAAUUAAACGCGAGGCAGCCGCUAUACGAAAGACUCGUUUCCUUCGUUCAUUGGCCAGGCAAUACAUGCUGUAAUUUUUGCGGAAUCAAACAAGACUUACACUACGAGUACCACUGCGUACGUUGAAAUAAGUUUAUUGAUGUAAGAAAGACAAAAAUAUAAAAUGUAGCAUUAACUUAACAA